UUCUGACUUCUCUGACUAUGUCAAAAUUGUCAAACGAUGACAACAAACCGUUCUAGUCUAGGCGUUUAAAUAGAGGAGAAGACUAUUUUCUUAUUGAGGCAAUCAAUACUGAUUUUGUUUAUCCACCAGAAAACCCAAGUCACAGGUAUAUAGGGCUAUCUUCAGUUAAUACAAGAUGUACGAUGUGUACGCGAAUAACCCGCAGAGCCAGCCAACCACCCCGCCGGCCCCAGAGAAGGUGCUGCGCUUCGACCGCGGCUACAUCUCCUCGCUGCCCGGCAUCCUCAAGGGAGUCCAGUUGUUAUGUAACCUGAUCGGUUUCAUCUGCAUCAAGGUGUCAAACAUCUGGAUCUCAUCGAUCCCCUACAACCUGCUGUACUGGAUCUGCAUGGUCAUCACUACGGUCCUGCUGCUGUCGUACUCGUUCCACGUGGUGGAGAAGCACGACCGCUGGCCGUGGCUCAAGCUGGAGUUCUUCUACUGCUGCGCGGUGGUGCUGGUCUAUAUCAUCCUGGCGAUCAUUGCCACGGUCAUUGGCGAGGGCGGGUAUGCUGUAGGGUUCUUCGGAUUCUGCGCGAUCAUCGCUUACGGCUUCGACGGGUUCCUCAAGUACAAGGCGUGGAAGCGCGGCCUGCCGCCGCAGUAGGACCACACACCACACACCACACACCACACACAACACACAACACAGACACACCAAUUAUCUAGGAUAAGCUUAGCAUUUUAUUUUAUUUCUAUGUACUUAUUUUUUUCUAAUUAUAUACGGUUUGGGAUAUUUUACCUUUUGACCGCCAAAGACCGCUCUACGGGCCACUUAAACUUUAAAAUGUACCUUCAUUCAUUCCGAUAUGGUUUAUUAUUGAGUGUUUUGUAAAUAGUUGGCGGUCAAGAGCCGUACUUUUAAAUGUACGUUACAGGUUGAAGUUGUUAUAUAAGUAUCCAAUGAAUGAGAAAAGUCAAUAUUUACAGUGAUCGAAAAGAAAGAUGCAUCAUUUAACGUUUAGUUAGUAAAGUAGGUAAUCAACUUUACUAAGAUCUUUUACUACCAAAUGGCUUAAUUGAAGUAAUUAUUUCCCAUAACUGAUUACUUGGCAGUUAUUGUAAUGAUUGUGUUAGUUUAAGGCGCUGUCACGUAUACGUGACAUAUGCGAGUCGAGAGGGUGUAGUAAAUGUUCUUUUUAUUAAUUUAUAUGGUUUUCAAUACAUUAUUCUAACCAUCAAAAAUAAAGCACAUAACAUUUAUAUUAUAUAAGUAGUUACAGUUUUUUACACCGUAGGUGAUUUUCAAAAAUCUCUGUGUUGUCGUUUCUUAAUUAAGCAGUCAGAUAUUUCGCCUAAUCACUUUUGUUUUAUACAUCACCAUGAUCUGCCAUCACCCAUCAGGCAUCAGGCAUCACAUACAACCUAAACUAAAAUAUACGCGACCUUUACUAUACAACACAAAACUCAACACAUAUAUUUUUAUAAACUAUAUUUGUAACAUUAUAUAUUUGUGUUUUAUAUAUCUUGUACCUAAUCAUGUACUGUAGUUUUGUAUAGACUUUUAUAUAUGACGUUGUCGCUUUAUCAAGUAAACGUGCCUUUGAUGUUUAUAAAUUAAAAAAAUGUGCUUUAUAGAAGUACGUGUUUCUCGGACACUUCGCGCGCAUUUAGUAAUACAUAUAGUACUUUAUCAGCUGUUAUAAAAGUGUUACUUACGCAUUUUUAUUAUAUAUUAUAUACUAAUUAAGUAUUUAUGUAUGCUGACGAUGUGACCGUAGUGAUCACAGCUACGAACGAACAACUGCUCGAAGAGGCUCUAAAUGACACCGUAAAUCGAUUGCACAUUUGGUUUACGCAAAACGGUCUAGCGCUUAACACGGGAAAGACCUGUUUCCUACGAGUCAGUCUAAAUGGCCACCCUAGCACUAACCUCAAGAUCCACGCGGGGUGCACAAAAAUUGAACAAGUAGCGACAACCAAACUCCUCGGCUUUGUGCUGGACAGCUCUUUGUCUUGGCGGGAACACAUCGAUGCUGUAUGUGGACGACUAGGUCAAGCAUGCUACGCACUGCGACGCCUUGCAUCAACGGCUAGCAGGGAUACAGUCAGAUCAUGCUAUUUCGCUACCAUUCAUUCCAUACUAUCAUAUGGCACUGAGCUAUGGGGCCGAGCAUCGGAUUGUGACCGUGCCUUUCGAAUGCAGAAGCGCGCAGUGCGGAGCAUCAUAGGUAUCCGCAGUGAUGAAUCAGUCCGCGACCACUUCAAAAACCUACGCAUUCUAACACUACCAAGCAUGGUAAUCUUUCAAAUUGCUACCUUUACCUACACAAAUAUAAGUAAGUUUAAACGUAAAGGCAUAGUGACCUCACAUAACUUACGAAGCAAUGCACAUCGAGACCGCCUAGUUGCAGCGCUUCACAAACUCACAAGGUCAGAACAGUCGGUGUACGUCACAGGCCCCGCGAUAUACAACCGCCUCCCAGAAAAUAUAAGAGAUGCAACAUCUCACCAAUCUUUUAAAAGAAAUUUGGAAUCGUGGCUACUCACAAAAAACUUUUAUACUUUUAAUGAAAUGAUGGAAUUGCCACUGACUAUAUAAUAUUGUUAUUUUAUUUUAUUAAGGAUAACUGACAUUACUAAUAUUUCGUACGAAAUAAGUAUCCUGUAAUGUGGAAUUUGUAUAUUUGUUGUACAAAAUUGUUUUUUUUGACUUGUACCAGUACGCUACCAAUAAAGAUUAUCUUAUCUUAUCUUAUCUUAUCUUAAGCAUUUUUCAGAUUGUUACAUGACCUCAAAUCCAAUUGAGAGAAACUCGUGAAUGCGUUUGAGAUGGCGUUGAUAAUCUGUGCUGGCACAUUACACACAGCACAACCAUUAUUGUGGUUUUGAAACACCUCCAAAAUCUUGCAAUGAUGUUAACCCUUUUCCAGAAAUAGUACGAUUUAUCGACCACAUACGCGCCAAUAGAAUCGGACCCACAGAAUUUGAAAAACUAUAGAAGAACGUAAAUUGUAGACAGGCUGCACUCACUCGCACCUCGUGCCGUACCACAGAGUGGGGCCGGCUCGCUACGACGCUUAACCGUCUAACUAACCCGUUUAAAAUCCCGAAAAUGCCGUAAGCUCUGUUUUGGAGUGCAGAAACACUAGCCAAUUAACAAAUAUCACUCAUGGAGGCAUUUCAUACCAUCAGUAAAUCUUAUUUCAUUAAUUCAUUAAUAUUGUUUACAUAAUUGGAUUUCUGCAACACGUUUUUAUACUACCGAAUACAAAAAUGAACAUUAUGUUAACACAACAAGGUCGAUAUCAAUUUAAAAUAAAGCUGCAGAACGUUCUUGAAUGAGUCAACUAUUUGACGCUACUCGCCGGAGCGGUUCGGCCUGGCCAGCCACAUUAGGGCCCAUAAUCGGCGUAAUCCGUAAUUGCUGAGGUCGCCGUCAUCGAAAUCGAUGAGGAGGACUAAAUAUCUUAGCAAGCUUUAAGGUUCAAGUUAGAUUGGUCGACUUUCGAAGAAUGUGAAUUGUCUUCAAAUGUUACCUAAAUCACCAAAGCUGGAUUAAUUGGUGUGCGUUUAAUUGUGCGGCCUGGUAAAGGGGUAGUCUAUAGGUAAUUUCUUACUUCUCGAUAUUAUUUGAUUGUGUACCAAAGUAAGAAAAGGCCCGACUCGUGCCAUUUGGCAUGAGAAAUAGUAUUUUAAGGCAUAUUUUUUUAAACUUGUUUUUUAUUAUUUAUAAGAAAACUUUUUUUAACACUUUGAAAAAUCAUUAAGUUUUGUGUCUAAUAAGUUCCGAUUUUUAACAGUAGAACUUGACAUGAAGUUGUAUUGUAUUAUUUGUAAGUUGUAACACCGCCACCGCUACACCACCGCAGCUAUCGCGGCGGCAUGGUCAGAGAUGUGGCCUUAUUUGAAAUACUUGUACAGGGUGGACAAAUAAGAGUGAUAGGUACACUUUGUUUUUAAAUUUUAUUGUAAGUGCAAAAUGUAUUAAAUAUUUUUUCAUAAAUAUAUUAUUCAGGGUUCAUUUCUGCCAAAUGUCUACCUCUAGCAGCAAGCAAUUUUUUCUCAAGUGAUUGUGUUGUUUAAGACUAGAUUAAUUUCGAGAAAGUGACAGUGAUUGGCACCCAAAUUCCCCAAAUUUUGUAGCUCCUGAGUUGACUUAUUUCUAUGUGGCUAUCUAAAAUUACGUGUCUAUACUAACAAGCUGAUGUAAUUGAAUCAGUUAAAAUCGACCAUCCGACAUAAAUUUACUAAGGUAACGCCGAAAAUGUGCGUAAAUAUGCAGAAAAUUGCGAUGAUAAGGGCUCACAUUGGCCUGUUGUUAGUGGUCAACAUUUAUUUCGUCAGACAUUAUGCUCCGCAUGUAUUUGCCAACCCUGAAUAAUAUAUUUUUAAAACAAUAAUUCAUAAUCUUUGAACUUAAUAUAGUUUAAAAACAAAA